AUGGUUGCAGUCGCCACUACCAAGAAGACCCCCAUCAUGCUGAGCUCCCAUGUAAGACAAUUGGCCCGAAAUCUCCGACAUUGUAUUCUGACCGAGUCCAGGNUCUACUGGAACCUUGACGGUUUCCAAAAUCCCGAUGAUGCCACCAUUAACAACUACACUGUACACCUGCCUUACUCUGGCCAGCGUGUUGCCGUCGAUGGCAUCCUCAUUCCCAACGGUACCAUCUUGCCCAACGAGCAAGGUGGUGUAUACGAUUUCUGGUCGUCGCCCAAGAAGAUCGGUGCCAACCUGACUUCGCCUGAUCUUGUUGGCGGUUGUGGCAGCGGCUGCGUCGGUUACGACACCUGCUGGCUGGUCAACAGAGAGCAGAACGGACCCUAUGACUGGCGCCAAUCGGGACCUGUCGCUACUGUGUCGAGUCCAUUCUCUGGUAUUCAGAUCGACAUCUUCACCGACCAGCAGGCUUUCCAGAUCUACUCAUGCCCUGGACAAAAUGGUUCGUUUCGUUCUGUUCUGUUACCGAGUUUUGUCUAA